AUGGAGCAUCCCGAUAUCCCGACAAUCUCGGUUGUUUCACAGUCCGAGCUUACUCGCCUCCGCCGAGUCCACGACAUUCCCUUGGCGAUUGAACUCAUCGUUCCUGACAGAGGGGAGACGCCGAAGACUGUGCGCGCGGGCUAUUGCGUCGCAUACACCCCAUUCUUCGAUGCAUGCGGGCUCUCCUUCUCGAUUCCAUCGGGGCUUCCUGCUAUCUUGGCGGAUCUGCAGCUGGCGUUCCUGCAGAUGAACCCUAACUUCGUCCGCCACGCCUUAGCGCUGCUGGUUAGGGCGGCGGAGUCUCGGAUUCCUUUUGGAAUCAACGAGCUCCAUCGAGUUUGUUCUAUUAAGAGAAAUUCUUCCUUUCCGGGGUCAUUCUAUCUGUCUCCCUGGAAGAAUCAAAGUAUCUUUGAAGAUAUCCCCGCCCGCGAUGAUCGCUGGAAAGAGAAGUACUUUUUUUUUCGGAUCAACGAGCACUCCGUCGGAUCCUUCGAUUUUAGUCGGCUGCCUACUGUUUGGUCUCCGAGAGUUGUUGUCCCGACGAAUACAGGCUUGGAAAAACCGCUGCUCGCUGCUUUGAAAAAAGGUGAUUGUUCGUGGCUCAAUUUCACAAGGGAGAGAAUUCGCCGCGUGCUAGGAACUGACAUCCCACAGCCCGCUGCUGCUCUAAAUUUCGAGAUCAAUCUGUUGAACCCACCUUCCAUCAACCGUCCGGCUAAUUUCCACCAGAUCCCGAUUGGUACCAGCCGUCGGGAAAUUCCAGACGCUACUUCUUCAAGCACCUCGCACCAGCCUCUGAUUCGUAAGCCAUCCAAGGGAAAAAUGACUCGAAGACCAUCAGCUCGUGAGGCCGAAAAGGCGAGGAAAAGCAGGGCUCAGGCUGGGAGCUCCGUAGCUGUCCGCACCGGUGAGAUCCGCCGAGCUGUGAGUGACGCGCUCGAACAAGCCUCUGGGGCUUACGAGACACCGGCCGGAGGUCUUUCCGCCGACCCAACAUCCAGGGCUAUCUCGCUUAGUUCGCGAGAUUCUGAGAGGACUUCUCGUCCAAAGAAGCAAAGGGUGGAGGAUCCGGCUCCAGACAGGAGGUCGAAUUCCUCAAACGGGUCAGGGGGAACGAUCCCGUAUGGUUGGACUUUCAACCAUACUAAAGGGUGCCCCAUCGCUGAUGAUCCGGAGGGGGUAGCUUUCAUCUUUCGGCACUUCAAGCCUCCGGGUUGCGUGCUUCCUCCAGUUCGGGAGAUGGCGGAGCAUGCCGCCUACGUGAAGAUGAUGGCUGCUCACGGACGGGCUCUUGAGGCUGUCAACGAGUACUCUGCUGUACUUGAGGAAGAGUCUCUGACCAUGCCCACCUCCGACGAGCUCGAGGAGAUGAAGAAGACCGUGUUUGACCUUUUUUCGAAGGUCAAGAACGCGGAAGACAAGGAGAAGCGUCAGGAAGCCCAGCUUCGAUCUGCGAAGACGGUGGCGGACUCUGCGAGCCGGCGUGCUGAUGAUCUAACCGAACAGGUGCGUGGCCUCAAAGAGGAGGUCGAUGUGAGGGUCAGGCGGGCUGUUAGGGAGGCGAAGCAAGAGUUCGCUGAGAAGUACCUGGCCAUCUUCCACCCUCUUAAAGACAAGUGGGAGAAGAAGAAGGUCGAAGCUGCGUGCGAGGCCGAGCUCCAAGAGGUGGAAUCCAACUUGGAUCUCAUCAAGGAUCUGAUCAGCGGGGCUAUCACGGCUCCGGAUGAGAAAGCUCGCCUCGAAGAGAAGAUUCCUGAGCUUGUCCAAAAGCACGCUGAUGCUGAAGUGUCUGAUUUCUCUCUCGCCAAGCUCGAACUCCCGCAGAUCUCGGAGGCGUCGGUGAGGCCGAUGGAGGUUGAUCCCAGGGCGCAAGUUCCGGUUGGCCUUAAUCAGUUUGGUAGUAACGCCGCUGCUGCAGGUGGAGAUGAGCUCGUGGAUGACUCGGCGAUCCCAAUAGAUGACUCGGCGAUCCCAAUGGAGAAAGGUGGUGGCGAGAACGAGCCUAAGGAGUAA